GCAUGCUGGGAGGUGUAGUCCUUGAGGCGCCACCGUACCAAAACAGGAAGUGGGUAGAGGAGUUCUGUCCCUUUUUCAGUUUUGGGGUCUCAAGGAGUGAAGGAGGGGGAGCAUGUCUUUCAAGAGGGAGGGAGACGACCCCAGUCAGCUGAAUGUCCUCAAGAAAAGAAGAGUUGCUGAUCUUUUGGCCAAUUACAUUCCUGAAGACGAAGCUUUGCUCCUGAGGGAUGGCAGAUACGCCUGCGCUGUCUGCUUCCACAGGCCGGUUUUUGACACUCUUGACAUGCUCACCGUCCACCGCUCUGGAAAGAAGCAUCUAAUUGGUUUGCAGAAGUUCUACGGGAAGAAGCGUUCGCUGGAGAGGGAAGUUCAGAAGCGCCACCACCAGGAGUACCUCCAAGCGGAAGACGCUGGCGCCCAGGCAGCUCCAGGCCCUGCGCCUUUGCUUGUGCAGACCAGGAAGAUUGCGCAGAAUGCUUUGCUGAAAACCGUCCCUUAUAACAGCUGCUGCCGGCGCAACAGGGAGACAGGAAGUGACAUGGGCCCCAGUACCUCACGGACAGAUGCUGGCUCCAUAGAAGCUGACAGAAAGGAGCUGUCAAAACUGAGGAAUCCAGCACAGGCAGGCGAGGAUAGACCCUUUGGCCCAGAAACCACUUCUUCUGCAGAUUUGCCUGGGUCUGCAACCACCACGUCAGAAUCGUUGAAAAGAUCUGCUCCAGGGAAGGAGCGCAGCCGUAAAGGGAAGGCCCCUCAUGUUGGGACGCCUUCUUCCGAGCUUGGUGACCUCACCGCAGAGAAGCGACGCACUUUGGAACACUAUCUGCGGCUGAAAAGCUCUGGUUGGGUCCAAGAUGGUUCUGGCAAGUGGGUGAAAGACGAGAAUGUGGAAUUUGACUCUGAUGAAGAGGAGCCGCCGGCCCUGACUCCAUCUUGACAACAUCGUUCCCUCCUUCCCAAGGGGAACAAAGUGGAUGUGGCUGCCUUGUGAUAGGCUGUGCCCUUGGAAAUGUGUCACUGGCUGGACACUAAGAGAUGAUGCAUGCAGGAGCAAACAUCUUUGUCAUAUACACAGAAUGGUUUUAAUAAUAAAAAAAUAGGAGUACA